AUGGCGACAAGAGACUCCAGCGCGAGCUACAGAAAGACCGAGGGCAUACCCGGGACCUUGAGCACCGCUGUGCAAGAGCAUCUGCGGAAGCUGUGUCUGCGUGAAUUCCCAUGUGGCACCGGGAGCUGGAAUAAGUCACGCUUUCUUCCUCAAACACGGCGAGCCUGGAGGAACUUGGUCCCCAAGGAGGAGGAGACCGUGAGUGCUGGUGAGGAGACUGUGGAGGCCCUGCUGGGUCUGGUCCGCAGCAGCCAUUCUCCGUGGGCCUUGAUGAAGGACUCCAGCGUUGAGGACCAUUUCCUGAGAGAGCUGGCCAUCCAGCACCCACUGAUGAUCAAAGACACUUUCUUCUACUCCUACUUUCGGUCCCUGCGGGUGGUGGACAAAGGGGUGACUCUGGUGGACAAAGAUCUCUUGAAAUUUCUAAAGCUUGAGGAGUUGAUUCUGAGUGCCAAUAAAAUCGAGGAAAUCGAUGCUAACAAUCUGCCCCGAACAUUGAAGGUGCUGGAGCUCUAUGGCAACUUGAUCGCCAGCAUGGAGUGUCUGUGCUCACCUCCACCCCCGAACCUGCAGCACUUGGGGCUAGGCCACAACAAACUGCUGGGCCCUUUGGAGAGUCUGUAUGUCACCUCCAGAAACUGGCCCCAGCUCGUCUCCCUGGAUCUGGGCUUCAACGAGUUGACAGACUUGCAGAGCAUGAUAGCGGGUCUCUGCACCCUGAAGCACCUGAGGUUGCUCGUGCUGCAGGGGAACCCACUGGCCCUGGUUCCUUACUACCGUGGCUUUACCGUGGACAGCCUGGCACGCCUCUGUGUGCUGGACGACAUCACCGUGUCUCCCAGCGAGAAGCACCAGUUCCGGGGGCUCAGCAUUCAUGGUGACCUGUUGGCACGUGAGGCACAGUUUCUGGUGACCAUCGGCAAUGUCAGGGGUGUUAUUGACAGCUCUGUCUUGGACCCAGAGCCGGGACCUGAAGGCCCUUUCAUCAGUUACAGCUACUAUGUGACCUACGACUUUGUGGAAGACGAGGAUGGUGAAGGGAACGUGCGCGCCAGCACGAUGGCAGAGACCCAUCCCGACAGUGUUCUGGCAGAGUUAGAUGAGGAGGGUGGCGAGGAGGACCAGCCAGAGGUUCUAUUGGGGGCCCAUCCUGGGGCCCGGCGCCACACCCGAGCAGGUCGCCCGGCCCGCCGUCAGAGGAUUCGCACAGAGUCGCCUGAGGGCCUGUCCAAGGAGUUGUCCGAGUUUAUAGCUGAGGAGAUGAACCAGAUGGCCGAGGACUCCGGAGAGUCUGGGAUAACAGAUAUGGAGGAGUCGGAGACAACCCUUUCCAUCCGCUCUGCCCCACUGCCACAGUCGAUUGACUCCUCGGAAGAGCUGUCAAAGCUACGGCCUCGAAUAGAUCCAAGGCUCUGUCCAUCCCCAGGGACAGUUCUCUUCAGCACCGUCCGAAAGCCCUGGACUGACGUCAUUCCUUGUAACUAUGAGAUGAAGCACAACCUCAAGGAGCUGGUGCGGGUCAAGAACUUCCUGCUGGCAGGGACCACGGUGACCAUCGUAGAAGAGAAGAUCCUAUCCUGGCCUGUGUUGCCCACUCCUGUCGAGAGUCCCUUGCCUGCCAAGAAGGGGAAAGCAGACAAGAAAGAGAAAGAAAAAGAGAAAGAAAAAGAGAAAGGGAAAAAACAGAAGAAGAAAAAGGAGCCACCCAGGGAGCUGCGCCAGGACCCGCCCGUGCUGCGCGUGCUGGGUAGUGGCCUGGUGUACCUGGAGCCCUUGUUGGCAGGGGACUCAGCGGUGACCACUGUGUGUAAUUUUGGGGUGAUCCGCACCAUGGAAUCUGACAGAUUGACUCAUGCCAGGGAUUCAAAGAAGAUAAAGAAAGUUCCCAAAAAAGAAAAGUCAAAAAUGGCGACUCCAACCUUCGAAAACGUGUACCAGCCGGAGCCCCUGACCGUGGAGAUUCAGAUCCAACUGCAACAGUACCGCUCGGUGGAGGAAGCUUUCCUCAGCCUACUUGACUAG